CAUUUCCAUAUCCGGUCUGCAUCGCCAUACUACUCUCUGAACUUCAACCCAAGAAAACUCUAAAAGGAGAAGAGGAAUACCUUAACAAUGGCAUCCAACAAUGAACAGCAAAAUCAAGCAGGCAGGCACCAAGAAGUUGGCCACAAGAGCCUUCUGCAGAGCGACGCACUUUACCAGUACAUACUUGAGACCAGUGUGUACCCAACAGAGCCUGAACCCAUGAAGGAGCUGAGGGAGCUAACUGCCAAGCAUCCCUGGAACAUAAUGACUACAUCAGCAGAUGAAGGGCAAUUCUUGAGCAUGCUUUUGAAGCUUAUGAAUGCCAAGAACACCAUGGAAAUUGGUGUAUACACCGGAUAUUCUCUCCUGGCAACUGCUCUUGCUCUUCCUGAUGAUGGAAAGAUCUUGGCGAUGGACAUAAACAGAGAGAACUAUGAGCUGGGUCUGCCUGUUAUCCAGAAAGCAGGUGUUGCUCACAAGGUUGAUUUCAGAGAAGGCCCUGCUUUGCCUGUUCUUGACCAAAUGAUUGCCGAAGGGAAGUACCAUGGAACUUUUGAUUUCAUCUUUGUGGACGCUGAUAAAGACAAUUAUCUGAACUACCACAAGAGAUUGAUUGAGUUGGUCAAAGUUGGUGGACUAAUCGGCUACGACAACACCCUAUGGAAUGGUUCUGUGGUGGCAGCACCUGAUGCACCCUUAAGGAAGUAUGUUAAGUACUACAGGGACUUCGUGAUGGAGCUUAACAAGGCUCUACCAGCGGACCCCAGGAUUGAGAUUUGCAUGCUUCCGGUUGGUGAUGGAAUCACUCUUUGCCGUCGGAUCAAGUGAUCAGCUCGAUUGCUGAUAUAAUUGAUGUUGACGCAUAACACGAGCGAUAUGUAAUAACUUUUCUAUUAUUAUUUUCUUUUUUCCACAUUAAGCUUCAAUAUUUGAGAAAUAUCAGUUCAAUGGAUUUCAAAUUUUAUGCAAUUUAUGGGAUUUAUAUGUGCUUA